ACCUGACGAGGUCACCGGUGACCUGCUUGGCGCUAUUAAGCGAAAAUAUUAAAAACCGUUACGAAGGCGCCGGAGUGUCCGCAACCCCGGUCACCCGCUCCCCGCAGUCGUUUGCCUACACUGGAGGUGCGCGCACGUCGCUUUAGAUAAGGUUUAUAUUGUCAGUUUUCUUUCGUUAUUUCGUUAUACCCAAUACUUGUGAAAUAUGGAUAUUGAAACUUCAGAUUUGGAAGAUUUUACCCAAGAAGAUUUACGUGACAUCGAUUUACUUGAAGCUAGUAUUUUUGAAAAGAUAAGACGGGAUUGGGAUUUGAAUGAAAGACAAGAUACAGAUAGCGAAGAGGUUAUUCAUGUUCCGAGAAAGCGCAGACGUAUUUUUAUUACAAGUGAUUCUGAGUCAGAAUGCGAUCCCGUGGAAAAGUUCGUUACAGAAAACAUACCUAGUUUGAGUGGAAGUACAUCACAAAAAUGGGUUGAGCCAAAGGGGCACCAACCAUCUGUUAUCGCCUUUACAGAGCCAACAGGAAUGAAGGAACCAUAUGCUAGUCAACUGCGAAAUGCAGCCCAAGGCCAAUAUUUCAGCCUUAUGGUACCAGAUGAUAUCUUUGAAGAAAUCGCAGUUCAAACGAAUUUGUUUGCAGAACAACGACAAAGAAGUGUAAAACCUUCGUCACGCUCGCAUAAGUGGAAACCAACUACAAAAGAUGAAGUAAAAAGAUUCUUUGGCUUAAUAUUGUACAUGGGUCUUGUGAAGUUACCAAAAAUCAGUCUUUAUUGGAGUACAGACCGUGUUUACAGGCAACAUUUUCCUCCAACUGUCAUGAGCCGAAACAGAUUUGAAAUAUUAUUGCAGAAUUUGCACUUUACAAAUAACGAAACAGCUGAUACUAAAGAUAGAAUUUGUAAAAUACGACCUCUCAUCGACAAAUUAAACGAGAACUUUAAAAAACACUAUGGGCCUAAGGAAGACGUAUGUGUCGAUGAAACGCAGGUCCCAUUCAGAGGCCGUAUAAUCUUUAGGCAAUAUAAUAAGAGCAAAAGACACAAGUAUGGAAUGAAACUUUUUAAACUAUGUACAAUACCAGGCUAUACAUGCAAAUUGCAAUUGUAUGCAGGUAAAAAUAAUGAGAUACUAAAUACCUCACCGACAAAAGUUGUGAUGUCUUUAUGUGAUCACAUAUUAAGUUUGGGACAUACUGUUGCAACAGAUAAUUGGUAUACUAGUUUAGAGCUAGCAAACCAACUUCUUGACAAGGAUACUCAUUUGGUCGGAACCCUGAGGAAAAAUAGGAAAGGUUUGCCCAAAGCAGUGGUUGAGGCUAAAUUAAAACCAGGUGAAUCUAUUGCAAUGGAAAAUGAACGUGGCAUAUGUGUACUUAAAUGGAAAGACAAACGGGAUGUGUUGAUGCUAUCGACAAAGCACUCAAAAGGGUUCUCUAAGGUUAUUAAAAAGGGCAGGACGAUUCGAAAACCAAGAAUGAUAAUAGCCUACAAUAAAGCAAAAGGAGCAGUCGAUAUGAGUGACCAGAUGACUGCAUAUUCGUCGCCAUUAAGAAAAACAGUAAAAUGGUACAAGAAAUUAGGAAUCGAAGUUAUUUUAAAUACAGCUGUUGUAAAUGGAUGGAUCAUGUACACUGAAAAUAAAAAAGUGAAUGAAAGUAUAGUAGAGUACAGAAGGCAGUUAGUGGAGUAUCUGGUAGAUUCAGGAAUGGAUAAUGAAAAACUUGAACAUACUGAAAGACCAAAACGACUGAAGCACCAAUUGGAAAAGCGAGAGGGCAAUGUUAGAAACACAAGACGUUUCUGUUCAGUAUGCUACAAAAAAAACACUGCAAUGCUUGGUUAUAAAGUUGCCAAAAAUAAAACAAAGAAAGUUGCAACAUACUGCAAAGAGUGUCCAAAUGAACCAUACUUUUGUUUGACCUGUUUUAAUAAGUUCCAUCGCUAUGUUUAA